UGUGGCGUCCACUUGUUCCGCAUGACCAGAGGACGACGAAAUGGAAGCCCGGGCUUUCCGACGUGCUGGAAUUCCCGGCUGCAUCAUGGAAACUGGGCGUCGUGGAGCAUUGAAGCACGGUGGGUCGAUCACCAGCAGCUGCAUGGGAGCCGACACCCACCGCGCCCAUUGGUUGCCCUCCGCACAAAAAAGGGGUCCCGAUGCCGGUGUGCGCGGUGCCUUGCAGGGGUCGCUGGGAUGGCCUGGGACACUACCGCCGACUUUUGUGGCCACGACAGCCACGGCCGAUGGAUCGCAGCUUGCUACCACCCAGGCAGUCGGUAACACUUGGGCCACGGUUGGUCGAGAGGCUAGUCGUCUGGGACCCCGAAUCGCCAAGGGACAUCGCCGUUUUUUGAAGUCUUGA